UGAGACGCUGUAUGCCGUACAGUGUACUAUGCUGUAGUCUAUUUUGUAAUCGAUAUGAUGCGAUGUUAUAGCCGGAAGGAUGAAUGUUUCAGAAAGCGGUCGGACCGAAACGUACCCAACAAUGCAAUAUCGUAUCCGGAGUUGUAACAUGUCGUAUCUGGAGAUGUUAUGUCGUAUACGGAGAUACAACACGUUGUGUCCAGAGAUGUAAUGUCAUUUCCGAAUAUGUAAUACGUUGUAUCCGGAGAUGCAACAUCGUAUCCGAUGAUGCAAUAUCAUGUCCGGGUGCAACAUCUUGUGUCCGGGGACCUAAUGUGUUAGGUUAAUGUGUAAUAUCGUAUCCGGGGACGCAACAUGUUGCUCUGGAGGUGCGAUAUCGUAUCCGGGAGAAGCAAUGUUGAAGCCAUUGCAUUAAAAUUCAUCUGUAAUUUGGCGCGAAAAUGAUAUGACAACCACGUUUUUGUAUUAUAAAAGCAAGAUGGCGGAGAAAGAUCUUGUAGAAAAGACAACUGCGAUACUUAAGAAUGCGAUAAAAGAACUGGAAGAUUCCAUGAAUGGAAAUUCAAGAUCUAAUGAGCCAUCGACAUCUUCAGCGUCAUCGAUAGCUUCAACGCCGCAACUAGCUGCGCAAAACUUUAGAAGAGUAUUUCCUGGGCUCUGUAGCAGAAAUGUUGCAAAGACUCCUGUUCAUCCUUCAGCACAUCGGCCAGGAUUAAGCACAUAUACUGCGCCAAGAAUUGAACCAAAACCCAAAAGACCCAGGCUUCAGGGGUAUACACCCGUAAGCUUUACUCCAUUGGAAACAUGGACACAUGACGUGUGUAUGCUUGCAAGAUGUGAUGAGAAUACAACACCUGACAGAGAAAGAAUGGAAGUCCUGAUGAGAGCUGGCCUAGGGAAAAUGAAGUUAGUUUUCCCGAACAAGAAAGCCACCCACUCUGAAGUUUGUAGUUUCCUUAAUGAAAAAUUCCCAAGGUUGAAAGAUGGUGGUGGAUUCGAGGUGUUAAGGGCUGUUGGUGGUGGUGGUGGAUCCAGAGCUCUCCAUUUAAUCCCACCUGGGAAGGAUGGGUAUUCUUUGCCAUAUAUAAAAGAGCGGUUCUCUCAAGCGGCAGUAUAUAUGAGGCCAUUACAAGCUGACCUAGAUGAAUCGCCAUUGUUACAUCACGAUACCAGAAGUGGCCACCCAACUGUAAAUUGUGUUUUUUGUAACAAAUCCUUGGACUUUUCUGAAAUUAAGAUACAUAGGCAGGAAUGCCAGCAAAGAAAUACUGAAGGGCAGUCUUCACUUGGAUGCACACCAUCAUCAAGUUCUGAACCUGGGCAUUCUGUUUUAGAGCAAAUAGAGUCUGAUAGACAGUUUGCUGAACUACUAGCUGAAGAUGAUGGAGAUGAAUUGGAAUUGAUAAAGUGCUGUGGAAUCUCUGACCAAACAGAAGAAUUGAAAUGCUCGAUCUCAAUAAACUUUCAUUGA